GUGCAGGCGCGAUGGGUCUGCGGGCUAGUGUCUCUGAGUAGCGGCGGUGUAGAGGCGUGCGGGCCAGAGGUCCGGCCCGAGGGCUCAGGACCGGGGUCUUUGGGAGCGGCCGGGGUCGCAGAGAGAACCUAGGAUCGCUGCCCGCCGCCACCACCAGGCAUGUCGGCCGAGGCCUCGGGCCCGGAGGCGGCUGAGGCCCCGUCCCUGGAAGUCCCUAAGCCCUCAGGUCUCGAGCCUGGCUCCGCCGCCUACGGUCUCAAGCCACUGACCACGAACAGCAAGUACGUGAAGCUGAACGUGGGCGGCUCGCUGCACUACACAACGCUGCGCACCCUCACGGGACAGGACACCAUGCUCAAGGCCAUGUUCAGCGGCCGCGCGGAGGUGCUCACUGAUGCCGGAGGUUGGGUGCUGAUUGACCGGAGCGGCCGCCACUUUGGUACAAUCCUCAACUACCUGCGGGACGGGUCCGUGCCACUGCCUGAGAGUACCAGAGAACUGGGGGAGCUUCUGGGCGAAGCACGCUACUACCUGGUACAGGGACUGAUUGAGGACUGCCAGCUGGCACUGCAGCAAAAAAGGGAGAACCUGUCCCCGCUGUGCCUCAUCCCCACGGUGACAUCUCCCCGGGAGGAGCAGCAGCUCCUGGCCAGCACCUCCAAGCCCGUGGUGAAGCUCCUGCACAACCGCAGUAACAACAAGUACUCCUACACCAGCACUUCAGACGACAACCUACUUAAGAACAUCGAGCUGUUUGACAAACUGGCCCUGCGCUUCCAUGGGCGGCUGCUUUUCCUCAAGGAUGUUCUGGGGGAUGAGAUCUGCUGCUGGUCUUUCUACGGGCAGGGCCGCAAAAUCGCUGAGGUGUGCUGCACCUCCAUUGUCUAUGCCACGGAGAAGAAGCAGACCAAGCACUCGCCAGGCCUUUAUCACACCACGCCACAGAGGCUAGGAAACAUUUAUUGAAUGCACGAAUGAAUGAAUAAUCCAGUUUCCAAGUAGCUUCCUCUGUAACUGGGAAGACAGGAAGACAAACCAGUAAUGAGGAUGCAGCUUGUUAAAGUUUUGUUGUUUAUAUCCCUCCAAGCCACACAAGGGGAACCCGUAACCGCCUCUUCAUCCCUUACUACUCUCCUUCACUCUGCCUUGUUGCUUUGGCCUUGCACUCAUCUUCAAAUACACUAAGCGAAUUCCUGACCCCAGAGCUGUUCCAUUCCCAGAUUCACUAGUUCUCCAUCUGGUUCCUUCCCUCCUUUCCUUUGGCUGUUGGUCGGAUGUCACCUCAGUGAGGCCUUCUCUGAGCUCCCUCUUUAAAGUUGUAACAUUCCUGGCGGUGGCCAUCCCCACACCCUUUUCCUGCUGUAAUUUUUCAGUAACAUUUAUAGUCAUCUGACACUUUAUAUCUCAUUCAAUGUACGCCUGGGUCCUCGCCCUAGAAUGUAAACUUCCUGCAGACAGGAACUUUGCCUGUUUUGUUCACUGCUAUAUUCCCAAUGCCCAGAACAACACCUGGUACAGUGCAGUCACUCAGUAAAUAUUUGUCAAAUGAAAAGAUAUACCAAGAGACAUGGCAACAAAGGACAGAAAACAAAUAACUCAAUGCCUGACUUCAGAGCUGGACCUUGAAGUAGAAGUGUGACUUAGCUGAGCAAAGAAGUUGCAAAGACGACAGUCCCGGCUAAAGGAACCUGUGACUGCAGAGGCUAGGAGGCUGCAGAGGCUAUAGGAGUCGAGAGACAGUGCAGGAGCCGCCUGGGGGAGGGGAUGGCUGCGUAGUAGUCGAGCCAGAGGGAGGG